UCUGAAGAAAGUAGCAGCGUCACCAGAGUGUCACGUGAGGUUUCCCGGAAACGUUCAUUUUAACAACAGACGUCGCUGCUGGAUUGAAUCAAAGUCGCUGUUUUCAGCUGCACCGACAAGCUGUUUUAAACGCCCGCUUCUACAUGUCGAAGCGGCGUCGGUGCUGCGUAUCAUUAUGAGAUGUCGUCUCCCAGCGCCCCCUUCGUGCAAGUCAGGUUUGAUGACAUCCUUUUUUACGAGAACUGUGGCGGCGGCAGCUUUGGAAGUGUGUACCGAGCCAGGUGGAUCUCCCGGGACAAAGAAGUGGCAGUGAAAAAACUGCUCAAGAUUGAAAAUGAGGCUGAAAUCCUCAACGUCCUCAGCCACCGUCACAUCAUCCAGUUUUACGGGGCCAUUGUUGAGGCACCCAACUAUGGGAUCGUCACUGAGUAUGCAAGUAACGGAUCUUUGUAUGAUUACCUUUCAAGUGAAGAGAGUGAGGAAAUGGACAUGAGACAGAUCAUGACAUGGGCUACAGAGAUUGCCAGAGGAAUGCACUAUUUGCAUGCAGAGGCCCCUGUUAAGGUUAUCCACAGAGACCUGAAGUCCAGAAAUGUUGUUUUGACAGCAGACAAAGUACUUAAGAUCUGUGAUUUUGGGGCCUCCAGGUUCUUGACGCACACCACCCAUAUGUCCUUGGUGGGGACGUUUCCAUGGAUGGCUCCAGAGAUGAUCCAGAGCCUACCUGUUUCAGAGACCUGCGACACCUUCUCUUACGGUGUGGUACUGUGGGAAAUGCUCACCCGUGAGGUCCCAUUCAAAGGCCUGGAAGGUUUGCAAGUGGCCUGGCUUGUUGUGGAGAAAAAUGAGAGGUUAACUAUUCCUAGUUCCUGUCCCACCAGCUUUGCUAAGCUCAUGAUGAGCUGCUGGGCAACAGAGCCAAAGGAAAGGCUCAUCUUUAAGCAGAUCCUUGCUACUCUGGAGUCUAUGGCUAACGACAGUCAACUUCCUCAAGAGUGCAACUCUUUCCUCCACAACAAGGCUGAAUGGAGAUGCGAGAUCGAAGCAACGCUUGAGAGACUUAAGAAGCUAGAGCGAGACCUGAGCACUAAAGAGCAGGAGCUAAAGGAGAGAGAGCAACAUCUGAAAAUGUGGGAACGUAAACUCAUUGAACAGUCCAACACCCCAUUGUUGCCCACACUUGACAUCUACACCUGGACAGAGGAUCAUGUGUAUUUCUGGAUGCAACAAAUAUUUGGUGCAGGGGACAGUGGAUGUGGAAUGCUGUUGUACGCUGACCUGUUUAGAGAAAAUCACAUCACUGGAAAGCGGUUGCUUUUGCUGUCAGAAAACGACAUGCGGGACAUGGGGAUCAAGUCCAAAGGUCACAUUUUGCACCUGAAGGAUGAGAUCGAGAAACUAACCAACGACUACCUCAGCUUUGUCCACUUUCCACCACUGCUAAAGGAUGAACUUGAAAACGUGGAACAAGGGAGGAAGAUUGUCAAUCUGGAGUUGGUGUUUGGGUGUCACUGGAAAGCAGGAAGUGGAAAGUCUGACUGCAAAUGGAAAAUGUACAUGGAACUCGAUGGAGAUGAAAUUGCAGUAACCUACAUCAAAGAGGUCGUCUUUAAUGCCAACCAUCAGGGUGUGGAAAUCCUGCGGAUGACUAAGCCACCUUUCGUUAUGGACAAAUGGAUCAUCGGAAUCCAGGAGAACCAGACUGUGGACUACACGGUUACUUAUGAGAAUAAUGUCAAGUUACCAAAGCUGACCCGACACAGCUGCCCAGUGAGAUGGAGUCCUGCUGGUGGACGGGAUGAGAUCAAGAAUGUGGAGCUGAUCAUUGAAACAAAACCAUCAGACAUUGACUGGAGCCCUAGGAACAAUCUGAAUCCUGGUAUUGAUCCCAGAUGGAUGUACAAUGUCCGGCUGAGGCAGAUUUUGGACCAGAGAUCACAACAACCCACUGCUGCCUUAAAGAGCUCUGACGUUUGCACUCUGCCUCAGUUCCUGUCUGCAUAUGGAGACCAGGCUUCUUCUUACGCCGCCGCUUUACGCCGCUCUCCCAGCCGCAACCAUCUAUCUCCCUGGACGGACUCACGCAGCUCUUCACCAACUGCCAGCCUGUCUGCCAGGCUUUCGCCACUCCAUCUGGGGUCAAAGGGCAGCAGCCCUUCCAGCACUGCCUCAGAGAGUAUGUCAGAGAGAGAGCGCCCACUCAGUGCUGGAGUCGUGUAUGAGUGCCGCAGACAGAGGUUCUUUAGUAACACAUCAAACGUGAGAGGAGGCGAGGGGAGGGGACAAUCCUCGACUCACAGCAGAAGUAACUAUACUCAGAAUAAAAGCAGCAAAGUCUCACGACAGCCAGGCAGACUGCGGUCUAACAGUUACUCUUCCCCACCGCAGCGCCAGCCACAGGUAAUACCGGGUAUGUUUUUUGUGGCAGAAGAUGCAGAAAAACAGGAGCCUAAGGCCAACGAUGGAGGGUGGAUCAAAGUGGAGCGUCAGAAGAGAUCACAUCAGGACAAUAAACCUAUCAGAGGUCGACAGAAGAGGGGGGGCAGCAGAGGCGGGCGUGGUGGUGGUGGACGAAACUGAGAGAUGUCAUGUACUACAUGACGUAUGUUAUGCAGUGGAAUAGCUUUUCUGAUUGCCAACCUUUUAAAAUGUGUAGUUACACACAAGUUGUUUUUUGUAAUGAAUGUGUUCUUUUAAGGGAAUGUUUAGGUUAUGAGACUGAUGUAUUUUUACUUCAUACAAAACAUGAUUUUAUUUAAAAUAAGAUGAUUGUAUUCUAAGUAUCAAAAUUAUUAAGAUAUCAAAUGGCAAAA